UCCUUGUAUGUGUCAACAAACCUGACUCUGAUUCUGAUUCUGAGCAGUGCUUUAUCUGCUGUGCUCUUUAAACAGAAUUUAAAGUACAACUCAUCAUUUUAUGGCAUGAAAUUGUUAUUGCACACACUUUAGUUUCUUAUACUACACACACACACGAACAGAUCAUACAUGGUUUCAGAUUUACACUGUUCAUUAGACAAGUGCUGAUCAAGCUUGUUUCUGGUGAAUAUCUACUCUAAAAAACCAUGAAAUUAAAUAUCACCUGAAACAUGGAUCGAGUGCUGAAGAGAUGUCACAUCAGCAAUCGCCUGGUUAGAGAAUGUUUUGCAGAGUUUCUCGGAGUCUACGUUUUAAUACUCUUUGGCUGUGGUUCGGUCGCUCAGGUGACAACUUCAAAAAACAGCAAAGGAGAAUAUUUAUCAAUCAAUCUUGCAUUUGCUCUGGGAACAACAUUCGGAAUCUAUGUUUCUAAAGGUAUAUCAGGAGCUCACCUGAACCCAGCCGUGUCUCUCAGCCUAUGUUUCCUAGGCAGGUUUUCCUGGACUCGGCUGCCGUUCUACGUUAUUUCACAGGUGUUCGGUGCCUUUCUGGCUGCAGCUACCGUUGCAUUGCAGUAUUUUGAUGCCAUAAUCUAUUACAGUGGUGACCAUCUAACAGUGAGCGGUCCCACUGGCACAGCAGGAAUAUUCUCCACUUACCCUGCAGAAUACCUGAGCGUUUGGGGAGGAGUAGUAGACCAGGUGAUCGGCACAGCGGCCCUGAUGGUGUGUGUGCUGGCUCUGGGUGACAGUCGUAACUUUCCUGGCCCCCCCGGGCUAGAACCUGUGCUAGUGGGAGCAGUGGUUAUGGUCAUUGGCCUCUCCAUGGGUUCAAACAGCGGAUAUGCCCUCAACCCGGCACGAGACCUCGGCCCUCGGAUCUUCACCUGUAUUGCUGGAUGGGGAACUGAGGUGUUCAGCAGAGGAUGGUUAGCAACUACAGAGUACCACCAACCUUUGAUGAAGGAAAACCAUAUGAAGGUUGGAAGAAUGAAGUCGCAAUUUGGACCAGAGUUACGGAACUCGAAAAAAAAGAAACAGGCGCUGGCUGUGGCUUUGGUGCUGUCCGGAAGAGCGAGAGAAACGGCGAUGGAAAUACCGGUAGAUGAAUUGAAUAAGGACACUGGCAUGGACACUUCAUUUGCGAAACUCGAUAAUUUGAUAAUUUGUAAGAAAAGGGCCAAACGUAUGAGGCUUACUCGAGUUUUGACCGGAUUAUGAAAGAUAGCGGUGUUUCCAUAAUCGAUUUAUAUAAUCGAUUUUGAACAGCGGUACUCAAGGAUGCGUAACACUGCUCGUGGACACUGCGUGCUUAGAAGUGAAAGACCGACAGUUAGCUUUGACAGCAUGCACAGAUUUGACUUUUGCGUCAAUGAAGUCAGCACUGAAGAAGAUUUUCGGAGGAAAGUCUGCUCCUACAGUGGGGAUUAACCAGGAAACAGUUUAUGUAACAGAACACAGACGACAAAGGAGCAAGCCACGGUCACAAAAUGUUCAACAAAAGACACCACUGCCUGGCACUAACUCUCUAGACAGGUAUGGACGCAGAUCAAAAUGUGCGGUUUGUCAAAACACAUUCCACUGGGCCAAGGACUGUCCACACAGAGUUGAGCAAGUCAAGCUGACGCGAGAUAGUAAAACAGAGGAUAUAAAGGAGUGCAAUAUUACUCUGUAUACAAAAGAGUCCCCCACUGAAGCAGAAAUAUUUAUGACAGAGUGUUUUGGUUCAGCAAUAAUAGACACUGCAUGUACUCGGACUGUGUGGACAGGAAUGGCUAAAUAGCUACAUCACUGAACUAAACCAAAACGAGAUAAAAAAAACCCGAGGAAGACAGAAACACACAGUCAUAGACCCUUUAAGUUUGGUGACGGAAAAGUAGUCUAUUCCAGCAGAAAGUUGAAAAUUCCUGCAAAAAUUGGAAAAAUUAAGUGUCAUAUCGAAACUGAAGUUGUCCCAGCAAAGAUUCCACUACUUUUGAGCAAGACAUCCUUGAAAAGAGCAGGUACAGUGCUGGAUAUGGAAAAAGACAGUGCUGUGAUGUUCAGUCAACCUGUGCAACUUGACUUCACAAGCUCUGGUCAUUACUGUGUAAACAUUAUGGACAAUGAAAUGAAAAACAUUCAAGAUGAUGAUGACUGUGUCUUGGUAGCUGCUGAAGCUGUUACUCCAAUGGAACAAAAGACUGAGGAUGCACAAAGUCAGUGUGAUGAGGAAAUGGGUCAUUCUACGAAACGGGUGCCAUUUCCACUUUGCAAUUGUCCACAUUUUCAUUAAGAACAAACUUUUUUUUUUUUUACUUACAACUUUAAAUAUUAUGUUAAUCCUCCAAAAAACAUAUUUUCCCACCUCAGGCACAAAAUCCUUAAUAAUAUUAUCAAUUUUAUUCUGGCAAGGGAGUCUUUUUUUUUACCACCCCGUCACGGACAAUAUGUAUGGGAUAAGAUUAGUAAAACAAGAAAUAUAUUUUUAAAAUCAAAUGUUUUCCUAAUAGUAAAAUGUCCCUUUAUUGGAAACUAUCAAUAGAAAGUCUGUAAUUUAAUUUAAAUAAUUAUUCUUAGUUUUUUAAUCUUGAAAUAUGAAUUUGACUUUUCAAUGGCCUCAUUGUUUGUACUUAAAAAACGAAUACACUUAAAAAAUUCAAAUAAAGUUACAUUUAUUUGAUUAGUCCACACAACAAGAACAUCAUUCAACAUUAAGUUAUGUAAAAUUUAUUUUCUUUUAAAUACAUUUUUAACAAAAUGGCCCUGUGACGGGGUGGUAACUGAUGCCACGGAGUGGUUCACUGUGACCGGGUCGUAUGGACAAAGUGUGUAUCUCUAUGGUAUGCUUAUUAUAAACUUUAUAAAACGGGGGAGGGGAAACAUUAACAUUGGAAAUUUAACGGAAAACUUUGGUCAUGCUCUGAAAAACUAAAAAAAGAGCAUCAUUACAGUGACUGGGAGAGUCGCAUCCACAUCCCUUUGGAUUUCCAUGUGGUGGGAUGUCACAGGCCGUGGUGCUUGAGUGAUUUCGAGCACAUCAUCGAAGAGAUACCACAUCGAGUCAUCUUUUGGAGCCCAGAAGAACCUGUUGACACCUACACGGUGCAUACACUUUACCAGGGCAUGCGUUUCAUCUGUCUCCAUGAUGAUCCCAGGAGAAAGGUCAUUGUCAUAUUUAAGCAUGCACCACUUCCCAAUGAGAUCUCAACUUUCCCAAGCAAUUGCUUCUGUUGGCACCUUUUGGGCUGUCAUGUUAAAAGUAAAAUGAUUUGUUGUGAAGCAUUGACAUCUCAGCUGCUUUUGCGUGGAGCACAUGCAACUUAUUUCCCGUUAAAGGAUUUCUCCUGGACUGGAUGUGACCACUUGGUAGGUUUUCAUUGUGGAUGGCACUGGUGGAUUCUUGCCUUUCAUCUUUUCCAAUGCCUGCUCAACAGCUUCAGAUGAUACAUAAAAUCAUCAACAUGACUUAACAGUUCUAGAUAUUUCAGUUAGGGCCUUAUAUAGCUCAUGGGCAUCGGGUAUGUCACGGCCAUUGGUCACCAGCUUGUCUGCUGUUCUUUUCAAGGUUCCCCCAACACUGUCAGGGGACCCCUUGCCAUGGCUUGCCUCAAAAAAGUUCCUCGUUCCACCCUUUAGACCUUGUCUUGCUUUCUCUUGCUUUCUCUUAUCUUCUCUUAUGUAACAUUCUUCAUUAAACACAGAUAGUGAGUGGGUGAGUGGUUGAGUGAGUGAGUGAGUGAGUGGGUGACAUAGUGAGUGAGUGACAUAGUGAGUGAAAGAGAGAGUGAGUGAAAAAGAGAGUGAUUGAGUGACAUAGUGAUUGAGUGAUUGUGUGACAUACUGUAGCGAGUGAAUGAAUAAACAAAACAGGGUUAACAGAUACAAAAUAUUAACCUAUAUCAGAAUCCUUGAUUUCACACAUCUUCACAUUCAAAUGGGAAGCAGAACCACCCCGUCACAUUCCUUACCACCCCGUCACAAUAAAACAUGUGACGGGGUGGUAUGUGACGGGGUGGUAAAUAUCAUCCCAAAAUGGCCGCAUGUCUCCCAUGUGGUCAAGUUCCUCACCAUGCAUACUUGCAUUCUAUCUUAAAUAUAAUUUUAUUUGCAUUAAUAAUGUUAAAAAAUAUAUAAAAAUUAGUUUUCCCUCCCUAUCUUGCGUGACGGGGUGGUUGGUUUGAGCUUGACGGAAGCUGCCUAACAUGAAAAAUCAACAAAUAAAGAAUGUAGAGGAAUGUCAGUACUUGACUGUUUUUGUACUUGGUGGCAACAAGGCUCCAGUGAUGUCACUUCUGCUUUGUGAUGUCAUUUAUUGCAACAGUACAUUAUUUAUUGAUAAAACAAGUUAGUGUGACGGGGUGGUAAAUCAAAUUGAAGGACGCACACAAAUCAUAAAAUAUUUACAAAAAAAUAAGGUUUAUUUUGAAUAAAAUAUAUCUUAUGUGAAAAGGGACACAAAUAUAAUUCUGAAAAUAAUAUCUUUUUAAAAAAAAUACAUAACUAAUUUGGUGAUAUUUUAGAUGCAAAUGUCAUGUUGGUCAACAUGGACAUGUGAAAAUGGCUAUGUACUAAUGCAAAAUUAUUAAAAAUAGUAUGUUAUUCUU